GUAGCCUCAACCCAAGUUUUACUUGUAAUAUUCCCCAGCGGUGGGGUAGGGGCAGCACUUUCCCGUGUGUGACAUCAUACUGGACAAAGCACCAAGGAGUGGUUUCUUCGAGGGAAUCGUUCUGAACCUAACGUUUAUAUAAACUGUGCUGUCCUAAUCCCACACAAAGGGACAUUUACUUGUUCAAAAGAGUUUCAAUGUGGCAUUCAUUUGAACGAAUAAACAACUCCAAGAGUUAAGCUCUUGUGCGAAGUCUGUUCAAAUCCCUGCCGCUGGAUGGCCGGGCUUUUUUAAAUUGCAUUCUCCUAACAUGAGCUACGUGUAAAGAGGUCCACCCACGGUUCAGAUUCCCCAGGAUGACCAUGCUGCCUCUCCUGCUGCUGCUGCCGCUGCUGGCUGGCCAGGUUCUCGCUCAUUUUGAGGUGCAGGUUCCCGAGCAGCCAGUGGUGGCGCUGUACGGCGUGGACGCCACCCUCGACUGCUCCUUCGGUCAAGUCGGCCCCUUCAACCUGUCUGACCUGAGCGUCUUCUGGCAGCUGACCGACACCAAGCGCAGCGUGCACAGUUACUACGGCAGCCAGGACCAGCUGGAGGACCAGGGCGAGAGCUUCGCCAACCGCACCAGCCUGUUUCCUGCCCAGCUGGCAUCGGGCAACGCCUCGCUCCUCCUGCGGCGGGUGGGCGUGGCCGACGAGGGCAGCUACACCUGCUUCGUCAGGGUGGACACCUACGGGAGCGCUGCCCUGCUGCUUCAGGUGGCUGCCCCCUACUCCAAACCCCAGGUGACGCUGGCCGCAGACUCGGGGAACCUGCGGCCGGGCGAGGAGGUGGAGCUGACCUGCGUGGCCUACGGAGGCUACCCUGAGGCUGACGUGCUCUGGCAGGACGGAGCGGGGCGCAACCUGACGGACAACGUCACCACCUCCGUGGUGGCCAACGAGGAGGGCUUGUUCAGCGUGCGCAGCAUCUUGACGGUGGUCCUGGAGCCCAACAGCACCUUCAGCUGCCGACUGACCAAUCCCUUGCUAGGGGAGGAGGGCCACGCCUCCGUCACCAUCACAGGUCAGAACAUGGUGUUCCCCCCUGUGGCUCUGUGGGUGACUGUGGGUCUGGCCGUGUGUCUGCUGGCUCUCCUCAUCGCCCUGGCUGCCGUCUGCAGGAGGAAGAUCAAGGAGAGCUGCGAGGAGGCCAGAGCAGCUGAGGAGGCCAAGGAGCUGGAGGAGGAGGAGGCCAAGACAGCCAUGACACCUCUGAAAAGCUAAAGCCAAAUUAAUACAGAAGGGAAGGCCAGUCGGUAGGAUGGAGAUACAGUAAGUCUGUCUGCUAAUCCCACUGCACCCAUCCAUCAACCAGGAGACUGGCGUACCCAUCCCCAACCGAAUGUCAAAACUGAGCUCAACUCGAGACAAGUCUAUCAUCUCUUUUCUCAAAGACGUCUUUUCCCCUGGGCACUCAUCAAAAUACAUAAACACAUCCCAUCCCAUUACUCUACAUAGGCCCGUGUCAUCUUCACCUUCUUUUCAAAUUAAGGGAGGAACCCGGCAGUGUGUGAAUGUGUUUAUGACAUCAUGUUAAUUCCACACGGUGCGUUAGUGAGAAGCUCCGGGUUGACAGCCAUUGGAACAGACACACUUCCUCUCCGAUCCUGACAUCCCGUCUCUUCACUUUUGGACGACUAAGGAAGCAGGUUGGAGAUCUGCCGUCUAAUAGGAAGAGAAGUGCCUCAGAGAUGACCCAGCUGAGACUGCCGUCAGUGUCUUCCUGCCGGAAAGAGAGCCUGGUUCCCCCAUUACUCCUGGACUUGCUAAUUAACGACUGCCGCUGGAGGUAACUUGUACCUGUCAGUCUUUGCUGCUCUCCUAUAUUCAAUAACUGGGGGGGGAAUUGAAAAUGAAUGCCAGUUAAGCACCAACAAACGGCAAAUGGUGCAUGGGAUCCACCCAGUUUUUUUUUCUCCACAAACCUGACAGCCUUAUAAGUAAGAAAUAGUUUUUAAUGAACACUGUCUCUUCUAUUCUCUACUGCCAGUUUUGCAAAGUUUUAUGAAUGCAGUACAGUACAAUACUGUACAGGUUGUUUUAUUAGUUUCUAUUCGGGUACCUGAGCGAGUCCAUGUGCCAAACGUCCAUGUAUGAAUGCCAAAGUUCACUGCCUGUUUACAUUAAAGUUACAUAUGAAA